AUGCCUGCAACUCCUGCAUCCACUUCUGGCACUCUGAAUGCCGGAAGCCAUUACCGACCCCUGAAGCUGAGCCUUGGAACUAUUUCCUGCACAUUGGCAAUGGCUGGAUCGCGGGUCCGUGCAUGCAUCUCUCAAUAUCAGACGGAAGCUGCCAACAAUGGUCUAUCUUCUGACCGGAUAAAGUAUUUUAAAGCUGGGCUGCAAUGGGAGAUGAAUACUUUUGUCACACCACUCCUGCAGUACUCAGCUUCACAGAAUAUCGUGUCGGUUCUUCCGGUCCCUGUCGCUUAUAUCCUUAAGUUGUAUCCCAUGCUAACCUGGAACACGGUUCCGGACGACGUCUUUUCAUUCCACCUCCUUUCAUUUGAUGAUGAGGCAAUUGCAGGACAUCCGUCCCGGAUUGUGUUUGCAUAUACAUGUCCAUGGUGGAUGGGAAACACCACAAUCCCGGAUCAACCAUGGCAGUGGGAUGAAAUAAUGGCUUCCUGCGUCUCUCACUACCAGUAUUGGGCGCUUAAUGUUGAGGAUGAUGCUUUGGUUCUUCCAGAGAAGUUGAGAAACACUUCGACUCCACCACUUAUGGGACUGAGGUGGAUUAAAGAACGCAUGGAAGCAUUGAUGGAGGAGCAAGAUGAGGGCAUCAAAGCCAAGAUGGCAGAGGUGAAGAUGUACACUGACAUGUUAGAGAAAUUGAGGAAAGGCAAAGGAGUGUAG